AUGACUUCAUACGCACCCUUCACAGCUGCCGUUAUCUGGGAUGCAGUUGGUAGAGAACACGCACCUUUUCCACGACAAGUCUCGGGGAUGGAACACCAAGAAGAUUUUCUACUCUAUCCGCUUUUUGCACUUGCUAUGUCUGGGAUGCUGAAGUACCUAUCUCCCAAGUCCAAAUCAAGCCUCAUCAAAUUCCCGGGUGAUCAUUUCUACACCGCUAAAGCCUACUCGCCGCCAUUUGAUACUUAUCCCCGCAACAUCACGACUUGCAUGUCGAAAGAUUUGACAAUUUCCGCAAAGUCAAUUGCGGAAUUCGUUGUCGGAGGACCCGCAAAGAAUAUCAUUGAGUUUAGUCCAGCUCUUAUUCAGUGGGAAAUUGAUGAUCAGCAGGUGGGAUGCGUUACAGUACCCACUGGUGGGUUUGGGGUCAAUCACGGGGCCAAUGUUACCAGGCUGGAAGGCUUUCCUGGAUUGGAUCUCAAGGUGAAAACAAACGCGCUAUCGAACUGCAGCAUCAUCUACAACAUGGUACAGGAGGUUAAUGAGCUCAGUUUCUUCAAUGUUACAUAUACCAUACCGGAGAGCUUUGACGAGGCUCCGUUUAUAUCUCUGCAGGUUGUUUGA